AGCGGAAGCGUUUAUCGCGGGGCGCGGCGGGGGUCGGUCGCUCGCCUCUUGGUGAGCCCCAACGCGAGCCCCGUGUGCGUUCGCACGCCGGGCUGGACGCGCGAGGUCGCCCUCAUCGUCAGUGGGGAUAGGGAACGCGAGCCACUCCCCCCUCGUCCCCAUAAUCGUACACACACACUGCGGUCGCAGUGCUGCACAAAUGUCACUGCACAAAAUGGGAUAAAUAUAUGCUGUCUAUACAGUACGUGUAAUUGGCGACAUCUGGGGCAAUGCACUCAUUCGUAACAGCAGAUGGCGCGUAAGUGGAGUGACGUCAUUGUGUCGAUGAAUGACGUCAACGAGUUGGUGAGGUUGAGACGAGUGACGUCAGGCGAGGACGCGUCGCCUUCCCCUGUGGCUAUUGCUGCUGUUGUGAGGCUGCUGCUGCUGUUGUGUGGCUAUUGCUGUUGUUGUGAGGCUGCUGCUGUUGUGUGGCUAUUGCUGCUGUUGUGAGGCUAUUGCUGCUGUUGUGAGGCUACUUCAGCUCCCGCUCCGCCGGAGUCUGCGCGUGCUGUGUAACUACAGCCACCAAACUGCGGCGCUGCCACCACCACCUCGGCGACCCGAGUUCAAUUCCCGCCAACGGCCAACAUCAGCGGGAGGAAGUCAUGGCGUGUAGGAUCCCCGCCGAGCAGGCGCUGGCUGCCUGGCAGCAGCAGCACGUUGCCGCCACCUGCCCCUCCGGCGGCGCGGCCCGGCUUGCCGACGCACGCCGCGCGCACCUUCGCCUCCUCCACGUGGAGCUGGCGGCGGGGGCGCUAGCGGAGUCUGCGGCGGCGCGGCUCUUCGGCGAGCACGCCAACCGCUACGCCGCCGUCCUCGACGCACCCGACGACAGGAACGGGCUCAACAACUACGCGGAGAGCGCGCUGCAGCUGGCGGCGGGGCCAGCCGGCGAGAGCGACCGGUGGCGGUCGGCACUCAGCUCCGAUGGCGUCUUUCAGCUGGAGUGCGUCAAGGCCUUCGUGAGCGCCAGCGACGGCACCCGUGACGGACGCGAUACUAGCGGAGUGGAGAACUGCGUCGCGGGUUCCACGGGCGCGCCAGAACACCAGCGCCCCCGCGACCCGCCUACCAGCACACUAGCACCUACAGGGUUCUCGCCGUGCUCUACAGACACCAAGACAUUCGUCGUGGGUGCCGUGUGCUCCGACUCGUGUAAGGAAGACGGAGCGUCUGUGGUGAAUGCGGAGGCUCCCUCGUCCCUUUUGCCAGGGUUGUAUAAACAGGCACCUAGGUUACCGGCGUUUCCAUUUCAUAACCCCACAUUGUGGAUUAAUCAGGCGGCAGCUACGACCGCGACCAGCGCUGUGAUGAAGCGCAAGGGCCUGUACGUGUUCAACGAAGACAAUGGUGGAGCUCACCCCGGCGGAUCGUCCACUUGCAAUCCGGACAGCAGUCACGCGGAGAACGAGAGGAUCAACGACUGUGAUGCCAGUGGACCAAUUUCAAGCAACAGCUUCAAGUCGGCCAGGCAGCAGCUGGCCAUUGAGCAGCAGAAAAAGUACUGUAACCAAAAUAGAGCGUGUGCACCUCAGGCGUCCGCGAAGAAAUCUUUAGGAACCUCUAAGCCUAGAGGACCUUACGGGAAGUUUGUAUCCCCGGUACUCAGGGAGGAUGGAAGCGAGAGCACGGGGCAGUGCACGCGGGGACAAAACGGCGAGCCGUCACAAAUAAUUGACGAGCGCUUGAAAAACAUCGACCCCAAGAUGGUGGAGCUCAUCAACAACGAGGUCAUGGACCACGGGCCCCCUGUGAGCUGGGAUGACAUCGCGGGGCUGGAGUUUGCAAAGGCGACCAUCAAAGAGAUCGUGGUCUGGCCCAUGCUGCGGCCAGACAUUUUCACGGGGCUGCGGGGCCCACCGAAGGGCAUCCUUCUGUUCGGGCCGCCGGGAACAGGCAAGACUCUGAUCGGGAAGUGCAUCGCCAGCCAGUCUGGUGCCACCUUUUUCAGCAUCAGCGCCUCUUGCCUCACCUCUAAGUGGGUGGGCGAAGGCGAAAAGAUGGUGCGUGCGCUGUUUGCCGUGGCGCGCUGCCGCCAGCCGGCCGUCAUCUUUAUCGACGAGAUCGACUCGCUGUUGAGCCAGCGCGCGGACGGGGAGCACGACUCGUCUCGCCGCAUCAAGACCGAGUUCCUGGUGCAGCUGGACGGCGCCACCACCGCGCGGGACGAGCGCGUGCUGCUUGUCGGCGCCACCAACCGGCCGCAGGAAAUCGACGAGGCGGCGCGGCGCCGGCUCGCCAAGCGCCUUUACGUGCCCCUGCCGGACGCGGCGGCACGGCGCUGCCUGCUGGAGCGGCUGCUGGCGCCGCAGAGCUGGCAGCUGAGCGCGGAGGAGCUGGCGGCCGUGGUGGAGCGCAGCGAGGGCUUCUCGGGGGCUGACGUGACGCAGCUGUGCCGCGAAGCGGCGCUCGGGCCAAUCCGCGCCGUGCCGGACAUCACCACGGUGGAUGCGCUGCAAGUGAGGCCCAUCCUUAUACAAGACUUUGCCCAGGCUCUGCAGGUGGUGAGGCCGUCCGUCUCGCCCCGUGACCUCGACUUGUACGUCGAGUGGAACCGCACCUUCGGCUGUGGCCAGUGAAUGCUCGGAGCUACAGCUUUAUGAUGAUGUACAAUCUUCAUGGCCUCUACAGCACAGGAGGGAAAACUGCAUGAUAUACACUUCAUAAAAUGAAUACAACUGGGAAAAGAAAUAACAGUUUAAUAUUUUCAAUUCGUGAUUGUGUAUAAAACAAGGCGCUCGUGAACUGGUUUUCACUUAACUGUGGACGAUGUAUGACUAUUGUCAAAUUAUCAGUUCGAAUCAGUGAAUUACUUUAAAUCUUUAAAUUAACAAAACAGUUGACUUUUACCGCAGCUAUCGUGCUAUAUUCUUGACUCUCCAAUGUCAGUUCUGUAGUUGGCACACUCGACUCGCAAUCAAAAGGUAAAAAAAUUGAAAUGCUGUUUAGAAUGGAUUUGGCUCAGUACUACCGAGGUUGGUAAAAUAGCGACCACUUUGUUCAAAGCCAACCGUGUCAUUCUAUGGAGACUGUCUCCCAGAACAGGAAUGUGGAAUUUCCUCCACCACUGGCUAAAUUCCGCUAACCGAGAUGGGCAUUGACUAACACCAGUUGAACAGGGAGACACUUUUGACCUGACGGUGGGAUGGUUAGAUGUUGAGUACCAUCAAGGAUGCCAAAUGAUUUAACAGUACAUACCUUAUUCUUGGUUCUUUCGGUAAAGUUACGUAGAAGGGAAACAAUAAAAAUAUAAAACAUUAAAAUUCUCACGAUGUUUCGACUGCAAC